CGCUCCGCCCCGCCCCGCAACGCGCCACGCAGGAGAAGGCGCCCCGGGAACGCGGAGCGCUGAACGGAGCGCGGCCCGGGCCAGCUCCGGCGCUAGCGCUGCGGCUGUAGCGGAGGACUCCAGCGACGACGAGGACGAGGGCCGCUCCCGGGGACUCCCUGCGUGCGGCGCCGCUCCCAGCGGCUAGCCGGCCCUCGGGAGUGCAGGCGAGGAAGAGAUCCUAGAGUGAUGAUGAUUGUGGAUUCUUCUGUGGGAUUCGAAGCCAAGUCUGUUGUGAUCGGAACACUCCAGGAAUAGCAGCAGAGAUGGAUGAACAGGCGCUUUUAGGGCUAAAUCCAAAUGCCGAUUCAGACUUCAGACAAAGGGCCCUAGCUUAUUUUGAGCAGUUGAAGAUUUCCCCAGAUGCCUGGCAGGUGUGCGCAGAAGCACUGGCACAGAAGACAUACAGUGAUGAUCACGUAAAGUUUUUCUGCUUUCAAGUAUUAGAGCAUCAAGUUAAAUACAAGUACGCAGAACUAAGCACAGUUCAACAACAGCUGAUCAGGGAAACGCUUCUCUCCUGGCUUCAAGCACAGAUGCUGAAUCCCCAACCUGAGAAGACCUUCAUACGAAAUAAAGCUGCCCAAGUCUUCGCCUUGCUUUUUGUUACAGAAUAUCUCACAAAAUGGCCCAAGUUUUUUUUUGACAUUCUCUCGGUUGUGGACCUGAACCCAAGGGGGGUGGAUCUGUACCUGCGCAUCCUCAUGGCUAUCGACUCGGAGCUGGUGGAUCGCGACGUCGUCCAUACCUCAGAGGAGGCUCGCAGGAACACCCUGAUAAAAGACACCAUGAGAGAGCAGUGCAUUCCCAACCUGGUGGAAUCGUGGUACCAGAUCUUACACAAUUACCAGUACACUAAUUCGGAAGUGCUGUGUCAGUGCCUUGAAGUAGUUGGGGCUUACGUCUCCUGGAUAGACUUAUCCCUUAUAGCCAAUGAUAGGUUUAUAAAUAUGCUGCUAGGUCAUAUGUCAGUAGAAGUUCUACGGGAAGAAGCAUGUGACUGUUUGUUUGAAAUUGUAAAUAAAGGGAUGGACCCUAUGGACAAGAUGAAGCUGGUAGAAUCCCUGUGCCAAGUGUUACAGACUGCUGGGUUUUUCAGCAUCGACCAGGAAGAAGAUUUGGACUUUGUGGCCAGGUUUUCUAAGCUGGUCAAUGGGAUGGGACAGUCAUUAAUAGUUAGCUGGACUAAAUUAAUUAAGAAUGGGGCUGUGAAGAAUGCCCAGGAAGCACUUGAAGCCAUCGAGACAAAAGUGCCACUGAUGCUGCAGCUGCUGGCUCAUGAGGACGACGACAUUUCCUCUAACAUUAUUGGAUUUUGUUAUGACUACCUGCACAUUUUGAAACAGCUUUCAGUGCUCUCAGAUCAGCAAAAAGCUAAUGUAGAGGCAAUCAUGUUGGCUGUUAUGAAAAAAUUGACUUACGAUGAAGAAUAUAACUUUGAAAAUGAGGGUGAAGAUGAAGCCAUGUUUGUAGAGUACAGAAAACAACUGAAGUUACUGUUGGACAGACUUGCUCAGGUGUCACCAGAGUUAGUGCUGGCUUCUGUGCGCAGAGUGUUCAGUGCCACGCUGCAGAACUGGCAGAGCACGCGCUUCAUGGAGGUCGAGGUAGCAGUGCGCUUGCUGUACAUGCUGGCUGAAGCUCUCCCAGUGUCCCACGGUGCUCACUUCUCAGGUGACGCCUCAAAAGCCAGUGCUUUGCAGGACAUGAUGCGCACGUUGGUAACAUCAGGAGUCAGUUCCUACCAGCACACGUCUGUGACACUGGAGUUCUUUGAAACCGUUGUCCGAUAUGAGAAGUUCUUCACUGUGGAACCUCAGCACAUUCCAUGUGUACUCAUGGCUUUCUUAGAUCACAGGGGCCUCUGGCAUUCCAGCGCGAAAGUCCGGAGCAGAACUGCCUACCUGUUUUCUAGAUUUGUCAAAUCUCUCAAUAAACAAAUGAAUCCUUUCAUUGAGGAUAUUUUGAAUAGAAUACAAGAUUUAUUAGCCCUCUCUCCACCUGAGAAUGGUUACCAGUCCUUGCUGAGCAGUGACGACCAGCUCUUCAUUUAUGAAACAGCUGGGGCGCUGAUUGUUAACAGUGAGUACCCUGCAGAAAGCAAGCAGGCCUUGAUGAAGGACCUCCUGACGCCACUGAUGGAGAGGUUUAAGGUUCUGUUGGAAAAACUGAUGAUGGCGCAGGAUGAAGAGAGGCAAGCAUCUCUUGCAGAUAGUCUUAACCAUGCGGUUGGAUUUGCCAGUCGAACCAGCAAGGCUUUCAGCAACAAGCAGACAGUGAAACAGUGUGGCUGCUCCGAAGUGUACCUGGACUGUUUACAGACCUUCCUGCCUGCUCUCAGCUGCCCUGUACAAAAGGAUGUUCUCAGAAGUGGAGUGCGAACCUUCCUUCACCGAAUGAUCAUUUGCCUAGAGGAAGAGGUUCUUCCCUUCAUCCCGUCUGCCUCGGAGCACAUGCUCAAAGACUGUGAAGCCAAAGACCUCCAGGAGUUCAUUCCCCUCAUCAACCAGAUCACGGCCAAGUUCAAGAUUCAGGUGUCCCCGUUUUUACAGCAGAUGUUCAUGCCCCUGCUUCAUGCCAUUUUUGAAGUGCUGCUACGGCCAGCGGAAGACAAUGACCAGUCGGCAGCACUGGAGAAGCAGAUGCUGCGCAGGAGCUACUUCGCCUUCCUGCAGACAGUCACCGGCAGCGGCAUGAGCGAAGUGAUCGCAAAUCAAGGUGCAGAGAAUGUAGAACGGGUGCUGAUCACGGUGAUCCAGGGAGCCGUCGACUACCCAGAUCCGAUUGCACAGAAGACAUGUUUUAUCAUCCUUUCCAAGCUUGUGGAGCUCUGGGGAGGCAAAGACGGACCGGUGGGAUUUGCUGAUUUUGUUUAUAAGCACAUUGUGCCUGCGUGCUUCCUAGCACCUUUAAAGCAGACCUUUGACCUGGCAGACGCACAGACAGUAUUGGCACUUUCUGAGUGUGCGGUGACUCUGAAAACAAUUCAUCUCAAACGGGGCCCUGAGUGUGUUCAGUAUCUCCAACAAGAAUACCUGCCCUCCUUACAAGUUGCUCCAGAAAUAAUUCAGGAGUUCUGUCAAGCGCUUCAGCAGCCUGAUGCUAAAGUUUUUAAAAAUUACCUAAAGGUAUUCUUCCAGAGAGCAAAGCCCUAAGGCCUGACUGCCCUCCCUGCCUCCUGACCAGAAACUCCACUUAGUAACUUAGAGAGAAGUGGUCUCUGUGUGCCAUUCACACUCGUCUGCUAACAUUGUUUUGAGCUUAUUGCAGUGUAUGUGGGAUUUUCUGUAAAAUGGAUGUAAUUUUUCCCUAAAUCCAGGUAUGUGACAACAAGAAAAGUUGCCUGCAUGCCAGUUUAAAUUGUUUAUGUAAAAAUACUGUUAUAAGACAUAGAUUAUCCUAGUACCUUAAUUUUUUUCUUUAUAUGAAACUUUAAAAUUCUUUAUAAAAAACUAUACCAGUGGAAAACUGUAACAAAUUGAAUGUAAAGUUGGAAAUAUUCAGUUUUAUGUGUGUAGACACAUAAGCUACGGGGUAACAAUCAAAACAUAAUUUUUUGUAGAUAGCCAUUACAUUUCUUUAAACUGUUUCAAUGCCAAUGUGUAUUCUAUAACAGAAUGAAUGGGUUCCUAAAUAAGUCAGUUUAAAAGUAGGUGCUGGUGUUACACAUUUUUUAUAAAAAAAAAUAAUAAUAAUAAAUUUUACAUAGUGAAAUAUACCAAGUCUUUUCCGAAAUUAUUACAAAUAGCCUCCUUUUCCCACCUUAGUCACCCUCGGAUUUCCCACCUAAAGGUUUGCAAAUAUGAAUGUAGAUGCCUUAUUUUACUGGCUGUGCCCCCUAAAGGUCACUCGCAACUUAGCUCUGCAUCUUUUUAAAUGCACUAGAAAUCCGCUCCAUGAAUCUAUAAUAUUAGAUGUACUUAGAGCACAGUACACUUGGGUUUUUUGUUUAUUUGUUUUUGUUUCGCUCGCUAUAUAGAACGGGUUGGCCUCAAAUUCACAGCCUGUCUCUGCCUCCUAGCUGCUGAGAUUAAAGGUGUGAACCACCAAGUAUGACCACCUGUGUUUAUGCUUUUGUAGUCAGUUACUACUUAAUU